AGUCAGAUGAAUGGCCAGACGAAUAAUUGAAGCGCCACUAAAGUAACAAAAAUGCAAUUCUUGGAAACCCAACUGGAAGAUUUUCCAACGAUCUGUCAAUCGAUAUGCUACAAAGGAGCUGAGAGAUCGGCGCUCGAAUCCCUAACCGACAUCGCCACCAGAUAUUUGAAAGCAGUAGCCAAAUUGAGCGCGGAAUCCGCCAAUUCGAGCGGGCGCACCGAAUCAAACCUCUUCGACAUCGUCGCCGCGAUCGAAGACUUGACAUCGGUGCAAGGCUUCGACGGCGUGCGGAGAGUGAGGUCGCAAUCGUUGUGGAGGUCAGCCGUGAUUAGGGAUUCAAUGUCAAGUACACGGACCAAACUCCAUUUGCUCAGUCGUUGCCGCCGAGGAGUUGCUCCGAUAAAGAGAUAUUGUUGAAAGACAGGGAUAACAGCGGGUGGUACAAUGAGGGGAGAUUGAAGCAUGUGCCGCGGUGGUGGAGCGGGGCAGUGGGGCGGAGGAGAGGGAAGGGGAAGUGAAGUGGGAGGAGAGUAUGGAAAGAGAGGGUUUUUGUUGAUUUAGGAUAAAAUUGGGUAAGAGGAAAGGUGGAAAUUAAUGUUUAUGUGGCUGCCACGUUUUUGACAGAUGGAAUGAAUUAUGCUACGUUUAAUCGGAGCUACACCGGAGCUUGCCGAAAAGUGGACGCGGGGGAAAAUUGCAAUUUUCCAAUUGAUGUAUUUCAGUUCAGAUUUUUUUUGUCAUGGUAAAAAACCAAAAAUCGAAAAAGUAUAUGGUUUUUGCGACAAUUAACCCAAUAUAAUAUGUGAAAUUAUUUUUGUAGUUUCUAAUUAUAAAUUAUAAACAUAUAAUAACUAUCCGUCAAAUUUAGACUAAUAUUUUCAUAACAAGUUGGGCGGUUUAUUCUCCAUUAAUACAACACUUCAUCGUUCUAACUCCCACAUAGUUAUCAUGUGUUAGCUGUAAACUAUACAUAUAUCUCUUAAAGUUUCCUACCAAAUUAUUCUUUGAACAGUUAUAUAUGCAACAUUUUAAAUUCAUCUAAAUCUGAAAUGCAUUGAUCGAUUAUAUAUGUGUACGUAUGUAUAUAUACCUGUACGACUUUGAUAACGUCAAUUGCUAACUUUUAACCUAAAUAAUUCAUGAAUCAUGAUAUUCCAAUGAUUGGCUUCUACAUCCAAUUUUCUAUGACAUUAGUUAAUGAUGAAUUCUAACUUAUUGGGACGGUUGAUUUAUAGGCCAAUUAUUUUGAAUUCUUCCUUAAUUUUGUUUCUUUGUUAAAGUCAUAAUGAUCAUAUAUAAUUAAUAGAUUCUCCCAUGGCCUUCGCUUAAAAGCUGCUAUCUGCACAUGGCAAUGAUCAUCAAAAAUGGCGUACGAAUUGUACAUGUCAUUUAGUACAAUUUCCUUCUGUUCUACGCGUCGACAAAAUUAAUUACAAGUGGGAAAUUAUAUAAAAUUGUCACCUAUAUUAGUCAAUCUUAAUUGCCAAUUAUUAAUUUGGAGGUGAAGCAGAUUUUCAAUUCAAUAUAUGUGAACAUCUUGAAAGCAGGCGCUUCAUCCGGCAUAAUUGUUAUGACUUAAGAGGUGACUAUACAAAUAAAAAAACAUGCAAAGUAUGUAUUAUUAGUUUCUAGAUGAUUUACAUGCAUUAUGAAUACUCCAUCCGUCCCAUGAAGCAAGACCUAGUUCUUUUUGGCACGUGAAUUAAGAAAUUGAUAUUUUGUGUGUUAAUUGUGGUAGGUGAAAAAGUGAAAAGGUGAAUAAAGGAUAAUUUUUUUUGCUAUUUCUAGAAACUGA